AGAACAUCCAGUAGGCACGAUGCUUCGCCGUGAAAGCGAAUCAUUCCGAAACCAAAGUCAAUCAAUGCUUUUAUUUGUCUCAGCCAGCGGCCAGCCGCCAGAGAUAUCUCUUCGCUAUUUAAAACAUGCAAUUGAACUUGGAAAACUCUGGAAAUGACGCUUUUGGGGGCACAGCAACCCAAGAAAAGCACACAGCACCGCAAGCACACCAGCACCAGCACCACCACAAGCAUAAGCAUAAGCACGCACCGACACACAAGCGACCCAGCACCAGGGAUCAAUACUCCUUGCUCUCUCUGACUUCUGCUUGCUUCAAGAAGUCCCUCUUCGAAGCGUCAUUCCCGAAGGAAUGCGCCCGAAGGCGACCUCCAGCCACGAACACCUCCUUCUCCCCCUCCAUACGCCCACAGACCGAAUCUCGUCGUGCACGAAGCACGAACCCCUCCAAACGCGCACCGACACCAUCCUUGGCCGCAAGGAGGUGGCCUACGUCACGGGGAUUGUGACACAGGGCCUCCCUGCUGGCAGCGCAGGCAAGCCAUGCUGAUUUGGAUGUGCCGUCCUCUGCACCAAACGGACACACGAAAGGAACCGUGGCGAGGGCAUCUUUCUCGGCCACAAGACCGGCAACAGCCUCCAGGAAUUGGUUCCUGGAUUCCAGCUCUGCAACCCUCUUUUCCAGGUCGAUAUUUACUUGACGAUCGCCUGGUGUCGAAAUGCAGACUUGCUCGGUCUGCGUGGCACAGUCUCGGAAGGUCUUGGUUGCUGGUGCAUUGCGGCCUUUCUUGACCUGUUGAUUCUUCUGGACCUCAUGGCGAGCAGGGGUGGAAGCUCGAUCACCAGCUUGGUUCCGCCGUCUACGAGGCAUUGCGAUCUUCCAGCUUGCUUCGUCAGCUUCAGAGCGUCUGGUUGUCCUCUCAGGCUGAUUGUAGAGAGGAUUCGCCCUCUUGAAUGGCUCUUUCUGCGGUCUUGGGGUAGUGAAAUCGCCACCUAAGGAGGCCGAAGGCGAGCGGACGGGAGAUGGCGCGACGAGAGGCUGUGGAAUUGUAGGAGGGCUUUUGGAACCUCUAGGCGAGAAGUGUGAUGGGAC